CGUGGGGCAUGCUGGAAGUUGUAGGCCACGCGCUGUGCCCUUUGCAAUCUGCGCAUGCGCGAUUGCCGUAGGGCGUUGUGGGAGUUGUAGGCGGUGUGGCGCGGGCCUGGCCAGAGGCGCUGUAAAUCCUGGAUCCUCCAUUCCCAUGACUGGGAGCCGAGGAGCUGCCUGAUGACCUCAGGACAUGCUGAUGCUGUUUUGCCAGGAGAGAGAUGGGCAAAAGGUACUUCUGUGACUACUGUGACAGGUCCUUCCAGGACAACCUGCACAACAGGAAGAAACACCUCAAUGGAGUGCAGCAUCUCCGGGCCAAGAGAGUCUGGUACGACUUAUUCCGAGAUGCUGCUGCUAUCCUGCAGGAAGAGCAAACCAAGAAACCUUGUCGGAAGUUUCUGCAAACAGGACAGUGUGAUUUUGGGUCCAACUGCAGAUUUUCCCACAUGACAGAGCAGGACCUGGAGAAGCUGAGUGCCCAGGUUCAAGGGGAGAAGAGGCUGAAGGAGCUGCAGAGGGAGGGAGCAGAUAUCCCACCUGGCACCAUUGAGGACUGGCUGGACAAGAGAGCCCAGAGGCUGAACGCAGCUCAGAGUAGCAGCUCCCCCAUGCCCUGCCUGCCAGGGAGGGUGGAAUUGGCUCCUCCUCACAGGAUCCAUUCAGACUGGGGCACUGGCUGUUUGCUCGCUCACCUGACUCUGCCGCAGGCUUAAUGGGAUGACAUUUGGGCAGGUGCCAAAUCUCUCUUCUGUUCUUUCUCUGUUUGUUCCCGUCCUCUCCGUGUUUGGACUGGGCAGGAGCUUCCUUCUGGUGCUUGUCUGAGCUUGUUGCUCUGGGAUUGUUCUGUCCCUCAGCUCAGCUGCCCUUGGCCUUGCAGAGGUGCCCACAUUCCUGUCCCCUGCACUUCUCUUUCCCCAUUUUGUUUGUUCUGCCUGUGAAUCCCUGGAACAUGGGAUAGAUCAGUUCUUAUAGAAGAUAGCCAUCGCUAUUCCCAGAGGAAUUUCCAGACCUUCAGAACUACUUGGUCAUACCCAGAGGAAUGUUCAGACCUUCAGAACUUGGUCCUUGCUGCCUCCAUAGAUGCGCAAAACAAAUUUCCAGGAUUGUUGCUCUUUUUCCAGCUUCCCUCUCCCUUCAGGCUCAGAAACCAUCUGCUACAGGAAUUAAACACCAACUAUUGGAACUUCCCUUCCUCUCUCCAGUCUUGCCAAUGUCUCUCCCAAUCAUCUCUGUGCUCCCCUUGUGCCCUCCAGCCCCACAUUUCGUGGGAUUGAUUUUUACCGAUUUCCAAAGGAAACGUAGAGCAUGGAUUUCCAUUAGAAAAGGAUCCAAGGCCUCAAAGCUUCUGGGAUGCCACAAGUUCCAUAUGUGUGGAAGUAGGUAGAGAGGGAUCCCAUUAACACCUUCAGAAAGGAAAUAUUCUUGACCUUGCUAGCCACUGGAGAAUCCCUGUGGGACAGGCAUUGAGAAUGCUCCAGCUGUAGAUAAACCUUUGAUAGAGCACUUGUAGCUCAUGAGACCCCAGGGAAUUGAGUACCCAGGCAGCAUCCUGUCUAUUGAUCGGUCCUGUUGCUCAGGAAAUGCUCAUUAGGUGAUGGCUCAACCUUGCAGCAUUCCCUCUGCUCCAUAUCCACCAUGUGCCUGAGCCACAGUGCUGGGGGGAUGACACCAAAUAUCCCUGCCCAGAGGGGCUGGUGUGUGUCCUCAUGGUCCUGCCUCAUCCUGGGCUCUGGAGAAUCUCCGCUGAGGGGAUAAACCUUGAGCCAAGUGACUUUGCUCUGUGUUAGUUGCCUGGAAAACGCUCCUGGAAAACUACUCCUGUAGUUGGCUCUGGGCCACGGCCCCGCAGGGAGAGGAGGGUGCUGCUUCUCCCCGGGGUUAUGUAAAGGAGUUUGAUUAGAUUUCUUCUGGCAUAACAAUUAAAAAGAUUCAUCAGGAUCGGAGGUAGAGGCCUGAGAAGCUGCAAGGUUGCUGUCAGGGCUUGUGUGAGAGAACAAAUGAGCUUCCUGCACUUGGGAAUUAUUGGAAAAGGUAUGUUUCCCAUGAAUUUAAACGUGCCCCAGUCAAGCUGGAGGCAAGGGAGAGAUGGUUCUUGCUCCUGCACUUCUUCAUCCCAGUGUGGUGUUUGCAGCAGCCUCGACCAGUAAAGAUGAGGAGAGGGGCAUGGACAGAGUGAUUCCCAGGCUGUGGGGUGAGAGAGAAGCCUCUUCCCUCUGCUCAAGGGUCCUCUGGUGCACACACCCUGCUGGUUUGGCAGCUCCUCCAUUUCCGAGGGGUCCUUGUCCUUUGGGAAGUGCGCAGCUGGCUUGGGAUUUGGGCUGCUCAGAAAGAAACAUCUGCUGAUUUUGUUUGUUCUUCCAACUCAGCUGUGUGAGGAGUGGGGAUGGAGGGGCUGGGACCAGCCCUGCUCCCUGCACCUGGCAGCUGUGCCUGCUGAGCCCCUCUCAGGGGGCUGUGCUGCUCCCCCCAGCCCAAGCCCCCUCACCUCAGUGAUCCCACCUCAGUUUUCUCUGGCACACACUGUGUUAGGCUGCUUGGAUAUGCUGGGAAUGGUCACACAACUGUUCUGGUGCUGGAUUUGGGAUGGGGGAAUGAAUGAACCCAUUUGGUGAUAACCAAAACCUUCCUCUGCUGGUCCCUUCUCUUUGGGAGCUACUGGAGGGGGCACAGGGAACACUAGCCCCCAGCAUGACCUUGGUGUCAGACAGACACACUGCUUCUCACCUCAUCCCUUUCCGUCUCCUC